GUUACUGUGAGAGAUGAGACGUUAAGAAGCCGCACACAAAAACAACAUCUUGCGGAAAACUGAUUGAUAAACAAUUAUAUGUAAUUAAAACAAGAAACAUUAUUAAUUAAAGUGUAUAAUACCAUCUGUAUAAUGAUCUUAUAUUUGAAAACAAGAAGAAAAUUUUAUGAAUUGAAGGUAAUAUUGGAUGUAAGGCUUGAGAAAAACACCCUUACUACAUAAAACAAUUUUUGAUGAAACAUGGAAAGGGGGCCAAAAAUCAAUUUUGAAUUCUAGGAACAACUGAACAAUAGUCUUGGAUAAAAAAGUCUAUUGAGAUCCAAGCUAUGCAAAUCAAGAUGUCUUCUAAUUCCCAACGGCUGGUUUUAAUGCAAAUGGUCAAAUUGAUAUAAUGUCUUGGUGAAAAAGCCUAUCCGCAAGCAUCAACACUAAGAGAGUCAUGUCAAAUGUGAAGCAGUUUCCGAACACGUCGAAACAACAAGAAAGACAGUCCGGCCCUCAGAUUACCACAUCACCGAAGAAGAAUUCGUCGACGUCAAACGACCAAAGCGACGUUGUCGUAAUCAGUGAUUCUGAAGAUGUUGUGCCACAGCCAAACGACAUCUCCGUCGACCAACUGGUGUCGACGUUGAACAACGCGGCCAAUCUUCACGCUGUCCACGAAGAACCAUCCUCGACAGGAAACAAGCGAAAAAUUUCGAUGCGCAGCGGCAACAACAACAAAACGUUCAAGAAGCAGCGUUCCAUUCGCUUUGGAGAUUCGAAUGAAACGUCUCGAAAUCAAUCUUUGGAUAGUGAUAUUGACGAAGACGAAAUAGAUACUACAACCCAUAACGCAAAUCAAGAAUUAAUUGUUGUAUCAUCCGACGAAGACUUCGAUUCGUUCUUAUCGUUACUGAACGAGAGCAUUAAAAGAUCAAACCGUGGCCAAACGGUCAGUUUCGGCACUGUUACAGAGGUGUCAUUCAGACGGGAACAGAGUUACUGUAGCGUACCCACAAAGGGCGGAGUACCACUGGGAAUGGCAAGCAAACAUUGUGGCAUAGAGCAUUUCACCAUUGAGGAUUACGAAAACAAAAAGUUGCAUAGAAUGGGCAAGGAACAGCAAAACAUAUCUAGUCAUACUAAUAGGCACAUCUGUGAUAAAACUUCUCUGCAACCGAUCUCUGGUAAGGACCGUUUGGCUAUAUUGCGAGAAGCCGGCGUCGUCGACAUCGACGACGAUGCGAAGGAGGAUUGCAAUUCGAUUAGAACGUCCAGAUCGAUGUGCGGCUGCGACUGUCGCGAUUAUUGCGAUCCUGACGUUUGCUCAUGUAUUUUAGCCGGCAUUUCCUGUCAGAUUGAAAGGGAAAAUUUUCCUUGUGGCUGUAAGGUGGAUAAUUGCCAGAACCCGAACGGGUGCAACACUUAUAACGAGAAUAAUGUACGCGGCCAUUUCGUUAAGACCAUCAGGAAGUUACAAUAAAUCUGAUCAUUUUAUUUAUUUCACAUGAUUCAAUUUACAUAUAUAUAU